AAAACGUACCACCGCUCUUCUUCGCGCCUAGCUUCUUCGGAAUCGUGCUCGAGUCUCGUAACUUGUAUGCUCCCUGCGACUUGACCGCAGCAUUUCUUCGACCUUCUACCGCCGCAUUGUUGGCACCUAUCCUUAGCUGUCCGAAUACGUCUCGCAGUUGUCGUAUUGUAGUACCAGGUGCUGCUCUCGAUAUAUUGGAAGCAGCCGCUACUAUGGGCCGCUGCAAUUGAGCGAUCCUCAUGGCUAUAGACGUCGUUGGACCGCCGUUUAGACCGUUGUCCUUCUCCCGGGGAAGUUUUGGCAGCGCUUUUGGUUCAUGCAAAAAGCUCGGGUUCGCACCCACAAAAUUUCGACUUAGUCAGCUACGAUAGUUAAAGUUGCCAGCAAUACCAAUUCGAGCUUGCCUUACGCCUUACGCCUUACGCCUUACGUAGGUCCAUAAAACCACUUACACCUCAUGAUAGCAGGUUAGGUGUCUGGUUAACAGCUAAUUUCUUAGUUAAUUGUAUAAACUAAACCACAUAACCCAUCACGAUGCAACUCCUUUCCUCCCCUUUACAAAUCAUCCUUCUCGCUCUGCUCUCCUCCGUCGCUCACGCCCAAUUCGGCUUCUUCGACCAGAUGUUCGGCGGCGGCGGGCAACAGCAGCAGCAGCAGCAGCGCCAACAACCGCAGAACGUGCCCAGCGACUCGACCAUCUACCGCUCUAACUUCGACCGCAUGCAUUGCGACAACUACCUUUGCCCUGAUACUCUUGCUUGCGUGCACUUCCCUCACCACUGCCCCUGCCCGUGGCCCGCCCACGAAGACAAGUUCGAGAUGGGAGAUGGCCACCGAAUAUGCGCAUCUAAGGGAGGAUUUAAGCCUGGGGAGGCUGGAAGAAAGGUCGAGCUCGCUCGGAAGGGACUGCUAUGAUUUAAUUCGUCGAGCUCAACGGCUGGCGCAUUGUUUCUGAGAAUAGGGCACAGAGUUUGUCUAGUUCUACUUAGGAUGAGACCGUAUUGUCUAAGCCACAUGGUCGAGUACUUCAAGACAUGUCUUAAUCGAGUUUCGUCCCGUUCCGCUAAGACGAUGAGAAUACGAAUGAAUGUUAUUUCAUCGAGUCCGAGGUCUAAGCCCGCGCAGGUAGAGCAUCUAUAACUACAACCAUGAUCAACCGGAAAUAACCAUCUCUCGCCCAGCCUAAUAGUAGGUAGUAUGUCGCUCGCCCCUCCAACACCUAAAACACAUCUAUUGUGCCUCUGACAAUAUGAUAAAAUCAAGAGGCAGUCCACCUUGCCAUUAACUCCGUCCGUCAUGCAUGUCCCGUCAUCGCAUCCAUACCCGUCUUUGUAAUUUGCUUGCCCUUCCCUCGCCAAAGCUGGUGGCGUUCCUCUUAAGAGAAGAGUUGCAUAUCCCGUAUUCCUAGUCGCCAGCUCCGACGAUAGCGCCGUUAAUGGUAGGCAUCGGAGGAAUUUCCUCCUCGUCCUCGAGCUCGUCGAUAGACUCGGGGUGGCCGAGGAACUUGGCGACGUCCUUCAUCUCGUAGUGCUUCUUCCGCAGC